CCCCGCCCUUACAAAUGCCACAUCUGCACAAAGUCCUUCCACCGUCUUGAGCACCAGACCCGCCAUAUCAGAACCCAUACCGGAGAACGCCCUCACCAGUGCUCCUUCGCCACCUGUCAGAAGCGCUUCUCCCGUUCGGAUGAGCUGACUAGACACAUGCGC